UUGAUCGUUUAUCAUAAACUUUAAAUUAAAAUAUUUCUCAGCUUCAUCGGUCUUUGCAUGCCGAGGAGAUUUCUCUCACCGAAAAAGCUGUCAGUCGGUGUCAAAGCAUACUGUCAGUCAUUGUCUCAGCUGCUCUUUUGGUGUAUGUAGAAACGCUCUAUCACUUUGAUUGCACCAGAAAAAUUGGUCUACUCUGACGUUUCAACUGAUGCCACAAGCAUAAAGUUCCGAUACCGUAAGCUCAUGAAACUAUAACUCGAAAACUAAAAAUAACUGUUCGAAAAUAUAAUAUGGCCACGUUCCCAGGAUUAGUCGAGCACUUUUUCCAAUUCCCAAAACGUUCGUCCACUUUUGUCACUUGGGCUUCGGAGUGUGCGAUCGUGUACAAAGUUGACGCCAUUUGUCAACUGGGUGUUGUAUUGAAUGUUAAAGUGAAUACUGUCGAUUUUGCACAAUAGUGGCUCGUUCUCCCGCGGGCUUGUUCAAACAAAAGAUCUGCUUCUACAGAUAUACCUACCGUGUUGAAUGCCAAACAAAAGCCACCAGUUUGAGAAACGACUUUUUUUUUUAUUUUUCUAAGAGUUACCAACGAAAGCCAGCGAUCUUGCUGCAUUGGUCAUUUGCAAUCGAACCUUUGGACGUGCAACAUCCCUGAAGAAGUCCUCCGUAUUCGUUAAGUUGUGUGUUAGUUGCUUCAGUCGAUAAACCGUCGCGUGUUGAGACUUGUGUUUCCUGGAUUUGUGGCAGACAGCAUGGAAGAUAUACUUCAGCUACCCAACAGCAGUGAACAGCAGGAAACGAUGACACAAUCAAACUCAUCAUCCGAUAGUGAAGGAAGCUCCUGCGACGGACUUAACUACGAUACGGACACUACGCUAUGCUGGCGUCUUGAAAAAAUGGUGAACAACAAACUACUUUCAGACGUUACUUUUAUCGUUGGGCCCGAAAAACGCCGCAUCUAUGCGCACAAACAGUACUUGCUGACGGCUUCAGAGUUCUUCUACAAAAUGUUUUGUGGUAACUUCAUUGAAGCGCAACGAAAGGAAGUGGUCCUGGAAGAUGUCGAUGCAGAAUUAUUUUUAACAAUUUUACGCCUGGUGUACAGUAAGGAAGUAAAUUUGAAUUGGGACAACAUUAGUGCUGUUUACGAUAUUCUGCAACGGUUUUUGCUGAUAGACUAUUUUGAUCCUUUGAUCCGUUUUAUGAAAAACCAGGUUGUUAACUUGGACACAGCAAUAAUGGUGUUCCUAAAGAAUGAUCAUUUUAACUUCGAGCAAGUUGACGAAAAAUGUAUGCGCUACAUACAAACCAACCCGUUGUACUUCUUCAGAAAAGACGAGUUCACCUCAAUGCCGGAUGCCAGAUUGAACAAAAUUCUCCAAGCUCAACGCAUAAACUGCACCCAUGUCCAACUCCAACAGGCCGUUGUCAAGUGGUCGUCUGCAAAUGGUGGUUGUGGUUACAACAACCUUAAUAAACUCUUAGAGGAAACAUGUCGUAAACCCUAUGCUCAAAAAUUGCAUUUGAUGAACUACGACCUGACCAAAAAAGUCUCGUGUCUUAGAGGUGAUGUAAAAUUACGACUGACAUCAACAAUACCAUUAGCGCUGUAUGGCUUUGGAAUGUAUGUUCCUGGAUCCGAUAAGCAUUCAUUGAUUGCAUCGUUUACUCUUGAUAAAGGUGGAGUAAAAGUACGCGAUUGCGAAAUCAAAAUGAUUCCUAGCCUCGGGUACGAAAUAGUGGAUACAAUGUUUGAAGAGGUCGUAUUAGAACCAAAUGUUCAGUACAAAUUAUGUUUUUAUGAGCCAAGUUGUCAACUGAUGAAAGUCGUAGGCUCACCGGUGCUGGUUCAUCAUCAUAUUAAAAUAGAUUUUGAGUCAGAUUACUGUCCUCCGUUAGCUUAUCUUUUUGCGAAAUAUGCGGACUGUGAUGUAUUACACCUACCACAAUUGUGUUGUAACACAAAAUGCAUGGUUAAAUUAGAAAAUUCUUGAGCUAAUGUAUAUCUGAUGCAAAAUAUGGUGUGGAAUGAUGGAAUUAUUUCUUGUACUUCAACGAUGAAUUAAUAAAUGUUUACCUAUCAUACUAUAAUUGGUUUAUUCAAUCUAAGAAUCUAACA